AUGACAGAGACCACGGUUGCAACUGCCACCACGGCGGCGUCCGAAGAAAACGGACAGAAGGAUGAAGCCGCACAGAAGGAGACGACCAAGAAGACUCCAGAGGAUAUUCUGGACAAGGGCGUUCAUGGCUCCGCCACAACCCUUAAGCCAAAGGGGGUCAGUCGUGGACACUUCCUCGUCGACUGCCAGAAGUUCCAGAAGAUGUCAGUGCAAGAUCGAUGGGCAACAGUAAAGAAAAGUCACGUUUGCUUCAAAUGUCUUCAAGGAAAACAUCGAAAGGAGAGCUGCAAGAAACCACCAUGUAAGGAAUGCAAGAUGUGGCAUCAUCAUUUGCUGCACGUCGAUUCAGAAAACAGGACCUCGGGAGAGAAGAAGGCGUAA